GUUCAUGCACUGCCAUUUACAAGCAAGAAACAACUUCUUAUAUAAAGGAAAGAUCAUGGAGCAUCCUCACGCACUUCUAGUCGCUAGCCCUGGCUUAGGCCACCUCAUUCCUAUCCUAGAACUCGGCAACCGUCUCUCCUCCGUCCUCAAUAUCCACGUCACAAUUCUCGCUGUAACCUCCGGUUCCUCCUUGACAGAAACCGAGGCCAUACGUGCAGCCGUGGCUAUAGGGACUUGCAAAAUUACAGAAUUACCCCAUGUUGAUAUAGACCAUAUUGUGGCGCCAGAUGCUACAGUGGUCACAAGAAUUGUAGAGAAGAUGCGAGUCACAAUGCCUGCGGUUAAAGAUGCCGUGAAAUCAAUGGAUCGAAAACCAACGGUCAUGAUCGUUGACUUUUUUGGUACCGGAUUGAUGUCCAUUGCUGAUGAUGUCGGCGUGAAAGCUAAGUACGUGUACGUCCCUUCACACGCAUGGUUCCUGGCAGUGAUGGUGUACUUGCCGGUAUUGGAUAAGGUUGUGAAAGGGGAAUACAUUGAUAUCAAAAACCCUUUGAAUAUACCAGGUUGUAGACCGGUCGGACCGCACGAGCUUUUGGACACAAUGUUAGACAGGUCAGAUCAACAGUACCGAGAGUGUGUGCAUAGUGGCGAGGAGAUAUCUAUGAGCGAUGGCAUUUUGGUGAAUACUUGGGAGGAUUUACAAGGAAACACUCUAGCUGCGCUUGGAGAGGAUGGAGAACUGAGCCAAGUUAUGAAAGUACCGGUUUAUGCUAUUGGGCCAAUUGUUAGGUCUAUUGGGCAUAUUAUUAAAUCUAAUGAACUUAUUGAAAAGCCGAAUAGUAUAUUUGAGUGGUUAGACAAACAACAUGAAAAGUCAGUAUUGUAUGUGUGUUUAGGCAGUGGUGGAACACUUUCUUUAGAACAAACGAUAGAACUUGCAUGCGGAUUAGAGUUAAGUGGUCAACGUUUUCUGUGGGUUCUGCGUAAGCCCACUUCUUACCUCGGUGCAAGCUUGAAUGAUGAUGAUCUAGUAAAUGUCAGUUUACCGGAAGGUUUCUCGAAUCGCACGCGUAGUGUGGGUCUUGUG